UCGAUGAGCUGGGGCGGGCAAAAGUCAGCAUCCUUCCCGAAGUGGAAAAAAAAGAAAAAAAAAAAGUGGAGAAGCCCCAAACAAGCUAAAAGUUGUCCUCCGGGCGGGCGGAGUGAGGACAUGGAUGAAAAGGAGCUGUUUUCGCGAAGAAAGUAAAACGCCGAACCAGGGCGGGGAAAAGAAUGAUCACCUAGCCGCUAGCUCGAGCUGUGAAGAGAAAAGUUGUGGCGUCCGUCGCUUCCCGACCGACGCCACCCCCCCCCCCAAAAAAAAACAAGACGUCUCGGUCGGCAAUGGCGAGCCGCGAAGGAGCCGCCACCGCUGCGUCCAAAGCCAAACUGAGGCCGCGGAAGAAGAAGAAAAGCAAAAAGGAGAGUAAAACCCGCAGCGUCCGCGCCAACAUCCACGGCGAGGACGACGACGAGCCCAACCGACAUUACGCCGACAACAAAAUCAAGACCACCAAGUACACGCUGCUCUCCUUCCUGCCCAAGAAUCUCUUCGAGCAGUUCCACCGCUUCGCCAAUGUUUACUUUGUCUUCAUCGCGCUGCUCAACUUCGUGCCGGUGGUCAACGCCUUCCAGCCCGAGCUCGCCCUCGCCCCGGUGGUCUUCAUCCUGUCGGUCACGGCCAUCAAGGACCUGUGGGAGGACUACCGGAGACACAGGUCCGACAAGGAGAUCAACCACAUGGACUGUCUGGUCUACAGCAGGACAGAACGGCGCUACGUGGAAAAGUUCUGGAAGGAGGUGCACGUGGGCGACUUCAUCCGGCUGCGCUGCAACGAGAUCCUGCCGGCCGACGUUCUGCUGCUGAGCUCCAGCGACCCCGACCGGCUGUGUCACAUCGAGACGGCCACGCUGGACGGCGAGACCAACCUCAAGCAGCGGCAGGUGGUGCGCAGCUUCUUUGACCUGGACUGCGACUUCGACCCGUCCAAGUAUGACAGCAUUAUCGAGUGCGAGAAGCCCAACAACGACUUGAACCGAUUCCGAGGCUACAUAAUCCACCGGAGUGGCCGACGAGACGCACUUUACAAGGACAACCUGCUGCUGAGGGGCUGCACCAUCCGCAACACGGAGGAGGCGGUGGGCAUCGUCAUUUACGCCGGUCACGAGACCAAAGCCAUGCUUAACAACAACGGGCCUCGCUACAAGCGCAGCAAACUGGAGAGACAGAUGAACGUGGACGUCUUCUGGUGUGUCAUCAUCCUGUUGGUCAUGUGCUCCUUUGCUGCUGUUGGUCAUGGGCUGUGGGUGUUUCAGUACGGAGAUAAGAGGCCCGUUUUCGACGUCCUCAGUCCGGAGGGUAAAGACUUGUCGCCCGUCUUGUCGGCCAUCUAUCUCUUCCUCACCAUGAUUAUCGUCUUCCAGGUGCUGAUACCCAUCUCACUGUUCGUGUCCAUCGAGAUCGUGAAGAUCUGCCAGGUGUACUUCAUCCACCAGGACACCGAGCUAUACGACGAAGAGAGCGACUCCCACCUUCAGUGCCGCGCCCUAAACAUCACCGAGGACCUCGGGCAGAUGCAGUACAUCUUCUCCGACAAGACGGGCACGCUCACAGACAACAAGAUGGUGUUCCGACGCUGCACUGUGGCGGGCGUGGAGUACUCUCAUGACGCCAAUGCAAGAAGACUGGCCAUGUACCAGGAGGUGGACUCGGAGGAGGAGGACUGUACGUCUCACGCUGGGACGCUGCCCAGGCGAGACAGCGUGGGCAGCCACCACAGCGUCAAGGUGGUGCUGCGCUCCCACAGCACCAAAUCCCACCGCAGGACGGGCAGCAGGGCUGAGGCCAAGAGGGCCAGCAUCCUGUCCAAGCACACGGCCUUCAGCAGCCCCAUGGAGAAGGACGUCACGCCCGACCCUCAGCUGAUGGACAAAGUCAACGAAUGCGGCAGUCAGAUGGACUUCAUGCGCUUCCACAGCCAGUCCAUGUCCCAGCUGCCCUCUGACCUCGACGACAUCAUGGAUUUUUUCAUCGCCCUGACCCUCUGCAACACGGUGGUGGUGUCCUCCCCCGACCAGCCCCGGCACAAGGUCCGGAUGAGGUUCGAGCUCAAGUCCCCGGUCAAGACCAUCGAAGACUUCAUCAAACGCUUCACGCCGAGCCGCCUGACCUCGGGCUCCAACAGCAGCAGCUCAUCAAGCCUCGCCACCAACCGUUCCUCCACCAAGGGCUGCUCCAGCUUGCUGUCCUCCCCCUCUGCCGAGAGCACCCUCACCAAGCUGGAGGAGGAGGAGGCGGCGGCGGCAGCGGAGUCUGCUCACGCCUUCAGCCCCGUGCCGCCCGCGUACGACGGGAAAGCUAGGAACCCCGAGGGCGCGGACCUGCGCUACGAGGCCGAGUCUCCGGACGAGGCCGCGCUGGUGUACGCCGCCAGGGCCUACAAGUGCUCCCUCGUCGGGCGACUCCCGGACCAGGUGACGGUGGACCUCCCCCACCUGGGCAAGCUGAACUUUGAGCUGCUGCACACUUUGGGAUUCGACUCCACCAGGAAACGCAUGUCUGUGGUGGUGAAACACCCGCUCACGGACCAGAUCACCGUCUACACCAAAGGUGCUGACUCUGUCAUCAUGGAUCUCAUCAAAUCCCCCAACAUAGGUAACUCCAAGGGAAAACGGCAGAAAAAGAUCAUCUACAGGACGCAGAACUACCUGAACCAGUACGCCGCCGAUGGCCUCCGCACGCUUUGCAUUGCCAAAAAGGUUCUGAGCAAGGAGGAGUACGCCUGCUGGCUGCAGCGCCACCUGGAGGCCGAGACGGCCAUCCAGGGACGCGAGGAGCUGCUGUUCGAGUCGGCCCUGCGUCUGGAGACCAACCUUCAGCUCCUGGGCGCGACGGGAAUCGAGGACCGGCUGCAGGACGGCGUGCCCGAAACCAUCGACGCCCUGCGGAAGGCCGGCCUGCAGAUCUGGGUGCUGACGGGCGACAAGCAGGAAACGGCCGUCAACAUCGCGUACGCAUGCAAACUGCUGGACCCUGAAGAGGAGAUCCUGACUCUCAAUGCGGACUCCAUGGAGGCUUGCUCCCUGCUUCUUGAGGAGAGUUUACACUACAUCCAGGCCAAAUUCCUGUGCGGCUCGGCCAAGACCUUCCACGCCGACCUCGCCCCCUUCCACAUCUAUCCGUCUCCUCCUCCUCACCCGCUCUGGUCGUCCUCCCACGCCGCCGUGCACCGGCUCGGCCUGGUCAUCGACGGCCGCACCCUGGCUUACGCCCUGGACCGGAGCCUGGAGGACAAGUUCCUGGCGGUGGCGCGCAGCUGCCGCUCGGUGCUGUGCUGCCGAUCCACGCCGCUGCAGAAGAGCUUGGUGGUCAAGCUGGUGCGCAACAAGCUCAAAGUCAUGACGCUGGCCAUCGGCGACGGAGCCAAUGAUGUCAGUAUGAUCCAGGUAGCUGACGUUGGCGUGGGCAUAUCGGGACAGGAGGGCAUGCAGGCGGUGAUGGCCAGCGACUUUGCCCUGCCGCGUUUCCGCUACCUCCAGAAGCUGCUGCUGGUGCACGGACACUGGUGCUACUCGCGCCUGGCCAACAUGAUCCUCUACUUCUUCUACAAGAACGCCAUGUUCGUGGCGCUCAUCUUCUGGUAUCAGUUCUACUGCGGCUUCUCUGGCUCGGCCAUGAUCGACCAGUGGUAUCUGAUCUUCUUCAACCUGAUGUUCUCCGCCUUCCCGCAACUCGUCACCGGCACGCUGGACAAGGACGUGCCGGCCGAGACGCUGCAGCAACUACCUCAGCUUUACGUCAAUGGACAGAACUCGGAGGAAUACAAGCCAUACAUGUUCUGGAUGAAUAUGAUCGACGCCUUCUACCAAAGCCUCAUCUGCUUCUUCAUUCCCUACUUCGCCUACGCCGACUCGGACGUGGACCUGUUUACAUGGGGGACCCCCGUCACCACCAUCGCCGUCUUCACCAUUCUGCUGCAUUUGGGGGUGGAGACCAAAACCUGGACGUGGAUGAACUGGCUGUCGAUCUGCUUCAGCGUGGCUCUCUUCUUCACGGUGGCGCUGUGCUACAACGCCUCCUGCCCCACCUGCUACUCUCCCUCCAACCCGUACUGGACCAUGCAGAGGCUGCUGCAGGACCCGGCCUUGUACCUGCUGUGCCUCAUCACGCCGGCGGCCGCGCUGCUGCCCAGAUAUUUCUACCGGGCGUGUCAAGGCACCAUCUUUCCCAGCCCGGUCCAAGUGGGCCGGCAGUUGGAUCGGCUCCCCGCCAAAGACCCCCGGGGGAACAUCCUGAACUUGAGCAGGAUCCGGACGGGGGCGGGGCCCGACCCCGAGGCCAAAUCCUCCGCGGCUUCCCUCGCCAAAGACCCCCGCCGCCCCCGCGAAGAAUCGGAGCGCCCCGACGCCAGUCUGUCGGUCCGGAUCCACCUCCCACCCGACGGGGGCGUCAAGUACACCAGGAACUCCCAGGAUGGACUCAACGUCGGCUAAAGUGCCACGCCUCUCCCGUCCAUUUUCCAAUUUGCACGUUUUUUAUUAUAUUUUUUCCAAAGAGCUUCUUUUAUAAAGGAUGCAAAUAGGUACUUUAUUUUAUGCUAAUGUUAUUUGGGAGUUGGAAGAAGAACUCUGUGUCCUUUUUAUUUGCCAGGAAAGCUUAAUUUUCCACAGAAGAUGCAUCUCAUUGCUGUCUGAGAUAGCUUUUCUUUUUUUUUUCUUUUUUUACAUCCAAAGUGCUUUGACGCAACAGCGGCCUUGAUUGUGUCUUUCGAAGGGGACUUUUUUUUUUUUUCUUUUUUCUUUUUCAGCACAGCGUGACCUCAGUUCACCGUGGAAUGGUAGUGCCACACGAAAAAGAAAAAGAGUCAAAUGAUGAGGAAAGAGUCAGAAAAGUUGAUUUAAAAUCAAGUGGUAGAAUUAAAUGACAAAAGUGGUAAAUUAGAAGAAGUUCUAAAUUACAGGAAUACAGUUGCAUUUUAUUAACCAAAGUCUUAACUUGCUAGGAAAAUUGUUAAGGUUUUAUACUAAUGGUUGUAAUAUUUCAAGAAUUAUGUCGUAAACCUGACCCAAAAAGUUGUGAAUUGCAAGAAUACAGUUGCGUUUUUGACAAAAAAAAAAAAUCAUACAAUUCCAGUAAUUAAAACAAUAAAGUCAGUAGUUGGACAAAAUGAAUGUGAAUUAUGUGUUAAAGUCUA